GCCUGGUGUGUGAGGAAGACAAUAUGGCGGACCCCGGGGGCAGCUUGGCGGCCACGGUCACACCCUCUAGAGCCUCUACGAGCCGCCAGGGAGCCAGAUACUGCUGAUUCAUUUGCUGCUGACGUGAUCACUGUUGAUUCCUUGGAGGAGUGAAGAUGGCGCGGACGGUGACCCUGGAGGCGGCACUGCUGGCGACACUGCUGGUGGCUUCCCUGUCCUUGAGCUCAGGAGCGGCUGUACAGGAAGAGUCUCAGCAGUGGACGGAGGUUGAGACAGAGGAGCCGACAGAGGCAGUUGAGUCUUCUGAUGGUGUUGGAAGAACCUGUUACCAGUACACCUGCCGCUAUACCGACCAGUGUAUCCCCUGGUACUGGGUGUGUGAUGGUGCCUGUGACUGUCAGUAUUGUGAGGAUGAGUCCAACUGCUGGGAGACGACAAGUUCAGCGCCUGAAACUACGACCACUCCACCGCCUCCCAAUACGACCACUCCAGCGCCUCCCACUACGACCACUCCACAAGCGUGCAGCGAACUGUACGACGUGAUCUCCGGCAGAUGUGUGCUGGUGGACCCCUUCACCUCCAACAACUGGAAGGAGGCUCGGUACUUGUGUGAGAAGUUGGGCGCUGAUCUCCUCGUCAUAGACUCCCUCGACUUCUACGGCCAGUUGCUGCAGUUUAUCGCGGAGAAGGGUCUGGACACACAUGACUACUGGAUAGGCGGGACGGACGAGGCGCAGGAGCAGACCUGGGUGUGGGUGAACGGGGCUCCCAUGAUGCGAGGCUCCCCGCUGUGGGCCAUCUCUUACUACAGCAGUAGCACUUACCACCAGGAGCCUGAGGACAGUGAUGGGGCCACCAAGGACUGCGCUUACCUCGACCGGAAGAGGUUCUUCUACGUGGACGCCGAGAGCUGCGACCUGUUGAAGGGAGCCAUCUGCCAAGUGCCCAUCACGCUGACAGCUCACGAUCACGCUAAUGCCCCAGCGACGCAAGAGAAGGUGGAGAGUUUGGUGACACUCCUCCAGAAAAGUGGCCAGAAUCGAACCAAAAGUGAAGUAGACGUAGAUAAGCCUGGUAAUGGUCCUGUACAGACUGGUCAGUCUCCGGCACACCUCGAGAACCUCCAGAACAUAAAUCACCAAACCAUUGCACAACAAAAAGGUCAGAACGAUAAAGAAACAAAACUUUCUGCUCAUAGGAGAGUCCUGAACAACAAAAGAGGCCAAAUUCUGGAACUGAAGACAAUGCCAACCCAAAAACAGAGACAAAAUCAUGCACAGAAAGCAGAUGAGAACACCAAAGAAAGCACAAAUCAUGUUGCACAAAAGGUGGGUGAGAAUGACAAAAGCAGCAAAAGUCCUUUACAGAAGACUGUUCAGAACGACGAACCAAACCAAAGACUCUCCCAGAAGGGCCAGCUUAGUGAGGCCGCCGCCCGGAGGCCUGCUGCAGAGGCAGUUCAAGUCAAGCAACAAGCUCCCCAGUAGCAAGAUGAUGCUUAAGACAAACAAACAGCCACAAAAGCUGCACAAACAACAGUGUAAGACUGUGGGGAGGUAAACAAGAGCAAACACUCUUGUAGUAACAUCGUGAACAUCUUAAUUAACAACUUAAUUGAUGAACCAAAAUACGACAAAAAAAUAAGGAGCAAUAAAAGUGUUAAAUAAAAAAAAAAUUAAGGCAACUUGAGGAUUGUUAAGGCACAAGACUCCCGCUGUCCUCGAAGGCGUACCUCAGGCACACAGCAACAGUCACUGUGAACACUGUACAUUGUGACCUCUUGCAGUGUCUUAAGCAACCUGCUCAAUAUACAGAUCAACAAAUAUUAACAGAGCACAUCUUGCUGGUCAUUUUGUAUUUUGACUAUUAUGUUAAUUAGCCAGAAACUGAAACACUAAUCCUU